AUGUCAUCUCUUGCAAAAAAGCAAAAAUUAAUGUUAAAUUUACUUUUAUUACAAGAAGCAGAUGAAGAACAUGCCAUUAUUAAACAUGUCAUAUUAUGUGAUGCAGAAAAAAACAAAACACACGAUAUGUUCUUGGCCAGAAAAACUGAAGGUUUUUUUAGUAUUCUUAUUGAGAAACAUUUAUGGCGUGACGAAAAAAAAUUCAGAGAAUUUUUUAGGGUAAGUUGUGACCAAUUUCAUUACAUAUUAAAUAUCAUAGAAGAAGAUUUCAAAACUAGUCCAAGUAUCAAAAUUCCGGAGCCAAUAACUGCAGCUGAGAAGUUGGCAAUCACAUUAAGGUACUUAUAA